AUGUCGUUCAAUCCUUUUUCGUGGUUUUCCUCUGCCUCUUCGUCUCCGGACGGAGAUGGCGCCUCCGCAAUCCCGCCGUCGUCGACGGAGAUUCGGCGGCGCGGCACGUUGUCCUCGAUGUUUUUUCCUUCGGAGGAGGAGGAAGAGAAUCGCAUCAAAAUUGCGAUGAAGCGCUACGGCUACUCCUUGGCUGAACUCCAUUCGUAUCCCGACAUGAUGAAGCUGCCGCAGGUACCUCAAGACAUGCUCCGCGACGAGCGCGUCAAGCGCGAGCUCGAUAAACAACUCGAAAAAUGCCAACAGAGAUACGACGCAGUCGACAUGUGCGUGACGCACAUGAUGGAGCACGACCAAAACUCCAAGAGAAAAUACGCCAGACUCCAGCAGUGCAAGCCCCCUUGGGUGGCCUUCCAGCGGUGCGUCUCCUUCCGCGACAAGACGAUUCUGCGCGACCUUUCCAAGUGGGAAGUCACCCACGUGGCGAGUCUCUCUCCCUCGCAGAAGGCAGCGUAUCUCGAGGACUUGCGGGCGAAGCAGCGCUACGCGGAGUACGUCCAGCGGCGGACUGACGAUGAACAAGAGGGAUUGAGGAGAAAACGCGAAGCCGAGAAUCUGGCGCUGCGCUUGAAGAACUUGGCGAACUGA